ACACGUGCUUGCUGUCCACCACGGCGCCUGCGCGGUAGCAGCCCUGUGUCUGUGCCCUUAGGACGCUCCUCGCACCUUUAUUCCAGCUGUCCGCGCUAGCUCCGUUAGUGUUCUCAGUAUCCAGUGCACACGCCUUGCGAGCGACUGCGCCAUGAGUCUGACUUCCAAUUCCGGAGUACGAGUUGAAUGGAUCGCAGCGGUGACCAUUGCUGCUGGGACAGCUGCAAUUGGUUAUCUAGCUUACAAGAGGUUUUAUGUUAAAGAUCAUCGCCACAAAUCUAUGGUAAACCUUCAUAUCCAGAAAGACAACCCCAAGGUAGUACAUGCUUUUGACAUGGAGGAUUUGGGAGAUAAAGCUGUCUACUGCCGUUGCUGGAGAUCCAAAAAGUUCCCAUUCUGUGAUGGGUCUCACACAAAACACAAUGAAGAAACUGGAGACAACGUGGGACCUCUAAUCAUCAAGAAAAAAGAAACUUAAAUGGACAGUUGUGAUGCUGCACACCAACUUGUUAUGAUGUUACCUAGUUGUUUAAUUAGAAUGAAUACCACUUCUGUCUAAUUCACAUCCUCUGAGUUUUAGAUGUGGUAUAUUGUAAACUGCAGCUUUCACAUUCAUGGCAUUUGCCUUACUUGUUGAAACAUCGUGGUGCACAUUUGUUUAAUCAAAAAAAAA